ACUGCUCAUGUGCUCUUUCGUCCAAAAUUAGGGCAUACUGAAAUAGAAUACCUCUAUCACAAACAAACAACAAUAGAAUAGUAGGAGGCUUUCACCCCUAGCCAUGGGAGAUGAGGAGAAUUUCUCUGUGUAUCCCUCACAAUGCUAUUAUUCCCUUUAUCUCUUUCUUUACAGCUUCCAAUUGUCCUACAGUUAUUAGAGCUUAUUCUUCUUGCCGUAGUAAAACAUCUAUAUCAGCAAAGGGUAAACUUGGGUUAAAUAGUAAGAUUGAGAACUUCAAAUGUUUAGAUGAUGCUCUUACUUUCUUCCAUCAAAUGGUUAGAAUGCAGCCUCUUCCUUCUGUUCCUGUCUUCCGUAAAUUAUUUAAAACUAUGCUAAGUAUGAAGCAUUACUCUGUUGUCAUUUGUCUUUUUCGAGAAAUGCAGAAAUUGGGUAUCCCAAUUAAUGAUUUCAUCUUGAAUAUCGUGAUUAGCGGUUAUUGCCUGAUGCAUCGUGCUGAUUGUGCAUUUUCGGUGUUACCCAUUUACUUGAAGAUUGGCAUUCCAUUUAAUGUUGUCACCUUUAACCCCCUAUUAAGGGGAAUCUUUGCUGAAGAUAAGGUUAAAGAUGCAGUUGAAUUGUUCAAAAAAUUGGUGAGAGAGAAGAUUUGUGAGCCCGACGAAGUCAUGUAUGCAACUGUAAUGAAUGGUCUUAGCAAAAGGGGACAUACCCAAAAAACUUUAAGUUUGCUCAAGUUAAUGGAAAAGGUGAACACUAAGCCCAACCUAUUGAUCUACAACAUUGUUAUAGAUGCGCUUUGCAAAGAUAGAAACUUAGAUGCUGCUAUCAAUCUUCUGAAUGAAAUGAAGCAGAAAGGCAUUCCUCCAGACAUAGUCACAUACAAUUCAAUAAUUGAUGGUUUGUGUAAGUUCAGUCAGUGGGAAAAGGUUCAGACUUUGUUCUCUGAUAUGGUGAAUUUUAAUAUUUAUCCAAAUGUGCGCACCUUCAACAUGGUGAUUGACGGACUGUGCAAAGAAGGGAAAGUUGAAGAUGCUAAGGAAGUGAUGAAACUCAUGAUCGGAAAAGGUGUAGAGCCUAAUAUAGUCACCUAUAAUGCGAUAAUGGAUGGAUAUUGUUUGCGUGGUCAAUUGGAUAGAGCGAGGAGAGUUUUUGAUUUCAUGAUAGAUAAGAACAUUGAACCUAACAUUAUCAGCUAUAGCAUACUAAUAAAUGGAUACUGUAAGAAAAAGAAACCGGUCGAGGCCAUGCAAUUGUUUUGUGAAAUUUAUCAAAAGGGAUCAAAACCUAAUAUAGUUGUCUACACUACCAUCUUGCAAGGUCUAUUUGAAGUUGGAAGAAUAGGCGAUGCAAAAAAGUUCUUUGAUGAGAUGCUAUCUACAGGGCCCAUACCCGAUUCAUUCACUUAUGGCACUUUGCUCAAUGGUUAUUUUAAGUACGGACUUGUUGAAGAAGCUAUGUCACUCUUUCAUAGGUUGGAACGAAUGAGAGAAAAUAAUAACAUUUCAUUUUACAAUAUUAUCAUUAAUGGAUUGUGCAAAAAUGGUAAACUCAAUGAAGCUCAUGCUAUAUUCAAGAAGCUUUCUUUCAUUGGAUUUCUUCCGAAUGUGAGAACAUACACUGUAAUGAUAAAUGGAUUUUGUCUUGAAGGGUUGUUUGAUGAAGCUAAAGAUAUUCUAAGAAAAAUGGAGCACAACGGUUGUUUACCAAACAAUGUCACUUACAAUGUUAUUGUGCAAGGAUUUCUCAGGUGCAGCAAAAUUAGUGAAAUGGCUACUUUCAUGAAGGAAAUGGCCGGAAGGGGCUUCUCAUUUGAUGCAACUACAACUAGUUUUUUGGUAAAUAUUGUAGAGGAGAAUCCUUCUGUCCUUGACAUAAUACCAGAGCUUCACUUGAAAAAUAAGAAUUGUUGCUGCAGGGUGUCUGUAGCAUCAGACUCUAUGUGCAACUACAUGUCUAGAGAUGUUACAGCAAGCAUUGGUUACGAUUACAUCCUUCAGCAGGCUAGUGUUGGUCUUGGCACUUCAACUAUGUGCAUUUCCAGUAGGUUUGCAAUUCUAGUGAAAAAUGAAAGCCCCAAAUUUAACGCCUCAAAAUUUGUUAGAGAUUCAGUACCAAACUCUGGUAGGAACCUAAUGAAGUGUGGUAAGCUCAGGGAACCUAUGGUACUGUUUACCGAGGUACCUAUGACAAUCAAGAGGUUGCAGUGUUGUCUCAGAGGGAAGAUUGAUUCCAACGGAUGUGCUGCUGCUUUCUUGGAAGAGCGCUUGAACAUGGGUCUUAAUUUCCUUCUUUCAGCCGAGAGUGAACAAGGAGGGGAAUUGAUCCCUGAGGGCUCUGAUCCAAUCCCCAUUGGAGGCGGUCCUUCCUUUGUACACCAUUCUCCAGAAAGCCUCUACGUCAACAUUGAAUCUCCUCACCACUUAAUCAAGAGGCUUCUAUUCUGCUGCCUCAAAUUCUUAAUACCCAAUCCACCAUUUUCCUUCUUGAACCUUUGUGAUCUAGAAGUUUUCCAUCCCAUAUUUAUCUCAGAUCAGUUGCUUCCACAUCAAUUCUUCCUCAUUGCAGAACCUCCAAAGCCACUUCAUAAGGAGAUUGCUAUUAUGUACCCUAAGGCUUUAACUCCAAGAUGUUUCACUUGCCAGAUAACCGCAUCAGAGCACAUUCUUGUUGUUGAUCAGAUUGGUAUUAUAGGAGUGGUGUCUGUUGGAGAUGGUGUUAGUGUUGUUCCAUUGAAGAUGAAGUUAAUUUCUGUUCGCAAUGGUACUAUUCCCUUUAUCUAUCGUUCUUGUUCAGCCAUUAGAGCUUAUUCUUCACGCCAUAGUUAUAAAUCCAUUUCGGUGAAGGGUAAAGUUGGGUUAAACAUCAAUUUUGAGAAUGUUAAGUGUUUGGAUGAUGCUGUUACUCUCUUCCAUCAAAUGGUUAGAAUGAAGCCUCUUCCUUGUGUUGUAGACUUCUCUAAAUUAUUUAAGACUAUGCUUAAUAUGAAGCAUUAUUCUGCUGUCAUUUCUCUUUUUCGAGAAAUGCAGACAUUGGGCAUCCCAAUUGAUAAAUACAUCUUGUGUAUCGUGAUCAACAGUUAUUGCCUGAUGCAUCAUGCUGAUUGUGCAUUUUCGGUGUUACCCAUUUACUUGAAGAAUGGCAUUCCAUUUAAUGUUGUCACCUUUAACACCCUAAUAAGAGGGAUAUUUGCUGAAAAUAAGGUCAAAGAUGCAGUUGAAUUGUUCAAAAAAUUGGUUAGAGCAAACAUUUGUGAGCCCGACGAAGUCAUGUAUGCAACCGUAAUGAAUGGUCUCAGCAAAAGGGGCCAUACCCAAAAAAUUUUAAGUUUGCUCAGGUUAAUGGAACAUGGUAACACUAGGCCCGACAUAUUCAUCUACAGCAUUGUUAUAGAUGUCCUUUGCAAAGAUGGAAACUUAGAUGCUGCUAUCAACUUUUUGAACGAGAUGAAGUUGAAAGGCAUUCCUCCAGACAUAGUCACAUACAAUUCAAUAAUUGAUGGUUUGUGUAAGUUCAGUCAGUGGGAAAAAGUUACGACUUUAUUCUCUGAGAUGGUAAAUCAUAAUAUUUAUCCAAAUGUGCGCACCUUCACCAUAGUGAUAGAUGGACUAUGCAAAGAAGGGAAAGUUGAAGAUGCUGAGGAAGUGAUGAAACAUAUGAUCGGGAAAGGUAUAGAGCCUAAUAUAGUCACCUAUAAUGCGAUAAUGGAUGGAUAUUGCCUGCGUGGUCAAGUGGAUAGUGCGAGAAGAAUUUUUGAUUUCAUGAUAGAUAAGAGCAUUGAACCUGACAUUAUCAGCUAUAGCAUACUAAUAAAUGGAUACUGUAAGAAAAAGAAAUUUGCCGAGGCCAUGCAAUUGUUUCAUGAAAUUUCUCAAAAGGGAUCAAAACCUAAUAUUGUUACAUACAAUACUAUCUUGCAAGGGUUUUUUGAAGUUGGAAGAAUAGGCGAUGCAAAAAGAUUCUUUGAUGAGAUGCUAUCUGUUGGGCCCAUCCCUGAUAUAUACACUCAUGUCACUUUGCUCAAUGGUUAUUUUAAGCACGGAUUUGUUGAAGAAGCUAUGUCACUCUUUAAUAAGUUGGAAAGAAAGAGAGAAGAUACUGAUAUUGCAUUUUACAAUGUUGUCAUUAAUGGAUUGUGCAAAAACGGUAAACUCGACAAAGCUCAUGCUAUUUUUGUGAAGCUUUCUUCGAUGGGAUUGCUUCCAAAUGCUAGAACGUACAAUGCAAUGAUAACUGGAUUUUGUCUACAAGGGUUGUUAGAUGAAGCUAAAGAUAUUCUAAGAAAAAUGGAAGAAAACGGUUGUUUACCAAACAAUGUCACUUACAAUGUUAUUGUACAAGGAUUUCUUAGGUGCGGCAAAAUUAGUGAACUGGCAACUUUCAUGAAGGAAACGGCUGGAAAGGGCUUCUCAUUUGAUGCAACUACAGCUGAGUUUUUGGUAGACGUUAUAAGGGAGAAUCCUCCCGUCCUUGACAUGAUACCAGAGCUUCACUCGAAAGAUAAGAAGUGAAUAUUUCUUUCGCUUGGUUUAUUCGCAUAUACUAUUGUACCUGUAGGUCCCAGAGAGAGAAGUUUACUGCUGCUCCAAGGUUCCCCUUCUACUAUCUCCAGAUAACUUUGACGAAAUUGUGCUGGAGGAGACGAAGGAUGUCUUGGUUGAAUUUUUUCCUCCAUGCUGACAAUACAGACAAUCAUAGUACUGGGAAGAUCAUCCAAGUCAAUGGAAGUUGGGAGCUUUUUGACAGAAGAGCCCUUGACGUCCUUCAAUCACUUGUGACAAUUGGCUCAUUUCCUCCAUUUCAGUCAUUAGACCUUCUUUCCAAAGAUAAUCGCAUCAGGCAUAUUCUUGUUUGUUGUCCGUUGGAGAUGUUGUUCGUGUCGUUGCAAGUGAGCAUAGGGAUGAGCUGAACCGUUCAAUUACCAAACAGACAAAGGAGGUGUUAUUAGAUGAAGCUAGACAAGAAAUAAACGGACAGUGCCCUUAUUCUUGUAAAUAUAACAUAUCAACAUUCUUGGGUCUACUGCAUUACUUUUGCAGUUUAGUGUGCUGAUGACUAGCAGUUGUUUAAUAUUGACAUAUUCUUUCAGUUAAGCUCAAGAUAUUUCCUGUGUCAGCAAAAUGCAGAAAACAAUAGCCAUCCAUUCAUACAUUGUAAAGUGACUUGGCAGCUGGGACAGAUACUUUUAGCAUGACCUGAAUAGGGUCAUGCCAGAAUCUACGCUCUUAGUUCA